AUGGAGGGUCGUCCUUCUAAAAGAGUACGCAGAUCCAAGGAUGAGACAGUGAGACGGUCAGCUCCAAUCAUUAUCCCAGAUAGCUCCAGUCCGAUUGAAUCACCCUUCGACCUCUCUUCCCGCCCUAAACCCUCUUACUCUCGUGACACAACGCCAACUCGACUUCCCUCCUCCUCCCCUUCUCCGAAUAAAACGACCAAGCCAUCGCCAAAACUAGAGUCAAAAUCCAAGUCCCUGCAUAGCUUCUUCGCGCCCGCCACUGAGGGACAACGAUGGGCUACACAAAAGAUCGAGAAGCAGUCCCUGCCGUCAGUCCAGGAGACAGUGGAUGUGGAUUUAAUUGAGGAUGACUACGACUCCUACGAUGAAAUAUUUACACAGCACCUGGCUAAUGAGCGAGCUGGGACGGACCUGGCGGCCGUAAGCUCCCGGAGUCGGCCUGCGCCAAAGCCUAAACCCCCAGUGAAACCUCGGAAAACGACAAAAAAGUUCCUCUUAACCACAGACCCUGGACAUCCUGCUGCGAAGGAACCGCUGGCGCAGGCAGAACCUGAUCGUCGACCAUGGGCCCAGCGGUUCGCUCCGGCUAGUCUAGGCGAAUUGGCUGUUCACAAGAAAAAGGUGUCGGAUGUACAGCAUUGGCUGGAAGGUGCCUUUGCUGGAAGGCGCUCUGAGAGACUACUCGUGCUACGGGGCCCGGCAGGAAGUGGGAAGACAACCACCAUAUCUCUACUCUCUGACUCAAUCGGAUAUGAUAUAAUCGAGUGGAAGAACCCACCGGUAUCGGAAUUUGGAGCUCACGGUUAUCAAUCCGUGAGUGCUCAUUUCGAAGAGUUUCUUGGACGGGGUGAUAAGUUUGGAGGCCUUGACCUCGAAAGUGCCAGCGAACUCGAUCAACAGAAGCACGGGAAACACCGAGACCGGCGAAUCCUGCUCAUUGAGGAGUUUCCAACUGUGCUUGGUCGGGCGUCCUCCGCUCUCACAUCGUUUCGGACUUCUCUUCAACAAUAUUUGGCUGCCUCUGCGACUAGUCAUGCGAGCAGUCCUGGAUCGAAUCACCCGCCCAUCGUGAUCAUUGUGUCGGAGACCUUGUUGGCAUCUGCCUCCUCGAUCUCAGAUAACCUGACAGUUCAUCGGUUGCUGGGACCAACGAUUUACAAUCACCCGGGGACCACGAUAUUGGAUUUUAAUAGCAUUGCUCCCACUUUUAUGCACAAGGCUUUGCGGUCUAUCUUGGAUAAAGAAGCGCAGACCUCUCGACGUGUCCAGAUACCUGGACCUGGAGUCAUUGACCGAAUCUCUGAAAUCGGCGAUAUUCGCAGCGCGAUUUCAUCUCUCGAGUUCCUCUGUCUCAAAGGUGAUGAGGAGGGAAGAUGGGGAGGUCGCGUGGUCAAGACGAGGAAGGCCCGAAGCGAGGUGGCUUUGACAGCGAUGGAGAAAGAGUCUCUCAAGAUGAUCACACAGAGAGAGGCCAGUCUGGGCAUGUUUCACGCCGUUGGAAAAAUCAUAUACAACAAACGUAUGGAUCCCAGUUUGAUUGUGGACGAUGUUGAGAUCCUCCCACCACCGCCCAGUUACCUGCUUCACCGUCAUCGGCCGAAAGCUUCGCAGGUAUUGGUCAACGAACUAGUCGACGAGACCGGGACCGACGUUUCAACAUUCAUUAGCGCUCUCCAUGAGAAUUACGUACCAUCUUGCGAUGGGGAUGAUUUCACGGAUUGCCUGGAUGAUUGUAUUCAGGCACUCUCCGAUAGCGAUAUCCUCAGCGCGGAACGCCGACCAGGGCAAGGUGCACGCGCGGGGAUAGGAACUGGAAUCACAUCUUUCGGCAGCGGCGUAGAUGUGCUCCGCCAAGAGGACAUGAGUUUCCAGGUUGCAGCACGAGGUCUUUUGUUUGCCCUUCCAUACCCGGUCAAUAGACGAGUUGGGUCUGGGAGUGGACGAAGCCGCGCGGGCGAUGCCUACAAGAUGUUCUACCCGGCAUCUCUGCGGUUAUGGAGAGAAUCUGAGGAAAUCGAGGGCUUAAUUGAUUCAUGGGCGAAUCAAUUGCUCGACCCUUUCGCGCAGCAACAUCUCUCACGGACUGACGCUGAUCUCACGGGUGUCAGUGGCUGGAAGAGUCUCCAGGUGGGAAGAUCGGCAUCAACCAACUCAGACAAUACAGAACAUAGCCCGAGUGUGGCCACGAUGAUGCCCCGUCAUGAUCUAUUGCUUUACCAGCUGCCCUACAUGGCUGCCAUUCGGCGCCAGGACCCGGGUUGUUGGCAGUUGGAUAAAAUCACCAGCAUUCGCACGAAUAGUCUUCGCAACGAUGACAUGGAGGACAUGGAGGAGCGUGCAACACGAACAUCGCGCGUGUAUCAACCUAGCAGUGGUGUUGGAUCCAGGCCAUCCCAGAACGAAGAGAAAUUGAUCCUCAGCGACGAUGAUAUUGUCGAUUGA